AGUUUUUGUCGCGUGGGAAGGUGUAUCUGCGAAAGUAAGUGAAUAAACAUGGACGUGGAUACAGCUAGCGAUAAUACGUCUAUAGAUGACAAAAUAGACGAUUUUUGUGAAAAUCCGACGAGAGAUGCAUUGACAGAGGGUCUUAUGAGCCUUCUGAAGCCUACGGUGGAUCAAUUAGACGAACGAAUUCGUGCUACCAGGAUAUGUCAAAUAGAAACGAAGCAGCGUAUCGAAUCUUUGAUAGAAGAGUUGCAAAGGAUUAACGAAGUGUUGCAGUGUCCAUUGGAAACGGAUACCUAUGUGAAAAAGUUGAUCAAUGCCAAACACAAGGUCACUAUAGUCAGUAAUAUCUUACAAAAUACACAGGAAAGACUGAAUAAUAUUUAUCAAGCCGUAGAAAAGAAUACGGCAAAGAGAAAGGCAUUGUUAGAUCGUAGUUCUUUGUACAGUAGUCCUACAAACAUUCCUGAGAAAGGGGAACAAUCCGAAUCGGUUAAAGAUGCUACACCGUCUACAGAUCAGGAAUAAGUAACGGUUGCGGCAAUUGUAAAAUACUUGUGAUAUAUCGUUUUUGUUGUAUCAGUUUAGAACUAGCUAGCACAGAAAUUUUAUACAAAAUUCUUCUGUAUUUUCUAUCUAUACGUAAUGGAUACUCCGAUAAUCAA